CCGGGCGGCGCCGCAGAACACCUCCCGCGGCGCCGUCACCCUCUCAUGGGCGCCUCCCGAGGACCCCAACGGCGGCGUGGUCGCCUACAUCAUCAAGCUGCGAGGCAGCUUGUCGAUGGAGCGAUGCGUCAGCGGGCAGCAGUUCGAGGCGCAGGGCAGGAAGUACGACCUGCGUGACCUCUCUCCGGGGAACUACUCCGCGUGGGUCAAGGUCAGGUCGAAGGCGAGGUACGGCAACUUCUCGCCGUCGGCGUCCUUCGUCAUCGCUGACGACCCCCUCUCGCCGGACUUCUCCCUGGCGCUCACCUCGUCCCUGCUGGGCGUGGUGGGCGCCGUGCUGGCCGCCGUCACCUGCUGCUGCUGGAGGCGAUGCCGGGGGCGCCGCGCCAUCCCGGACACGGCUCGAGAAGGUCGACUUCAACCCCUACUAUAGAGAGGGCUUCGCCCCGGCCGAGAUGUUCCGCGAGGAGUUCCUGUUCUGGCGCGACGACCUCCGCGUGCGGCUGGACCGGCCGCUCGGCCACGGCUUCUUCGGGAUGGUGUUCUUGGG